AUGGUUGAGAAGAUCAAGAAGUCAAAAAUCUGCCCCUACUUCGGGGAUGAUUGGAUCAGAAAACACAUUGUGAUGUUCCGGCAGCAUGCAGUGUACUACCAAAGAGCGACAUGGAGCUCUUUACUAACCUUUCUUCGUUAUGAUGGGAUAACCAGGAAGGCAACUCUAAAGACAAGAUGCCAAGAGUUCAACGCUGCUUUUGAGGAUCUGUACAAGAGCCAGACAAGAUGGGUUGUCCCAGAUCCUCAACUUCGUGAAGAUGUGACAAUAGUUUCUUCCAAGACGGUUAUCCAAGUGUAUCGCAACUUUGUCUGUAUGAUCAUCAGUUCUAUUGGCAAAAAGCACAUCAGUACACCGAACAGGAGUUGGAAUGUACGUCAUGGAUCUUCUUGA